AUGGCGUCCUCACCAAAAUUGGAUGACAUAUACCAUGGAGUAUAUGAGGAAGCAUGGCCCCUGGUUGAAACAAUUAUAUGGGGGGACGAAGUGCAAAGAAAUCGAGCUCACCGUAAACUACGUCCGAUUAACGCAGAAAUUGAGAAGCUCAACAGAGAACAUAGAAAGCCCCUAUCUAGAGGCAAACUUAAUGCCGAUAAAUAUAACGACUUAAACGAAAAGCUAUCGAAUGCGGCAAUCGUGUACCUUGUCAGUCAGGAUAAUUCAGAGUACCAGGAAAUACGUGAUGAAUACAACGACUACUUCGAGUCGAGUGGUUUUCCAGAUGUUUUUUCGGUCAAUGAUUAUAGAUUUGAAGAUUUCUGCCGGGCUCACGAGUCAUAUGUGCACCAAGCCCAGCCAAGCCCUCCAUUGAAUGACCGGCAGGAGUACGAAGAUGCUGGACAAAAUGACACUGAUCGUCGUGAAGAGCUUGAAAAUGCGUAUGCUCCAACCGGGCUGCCUGGGGACGCCUUUGUUGAAGAGGAAUAUGAGCAAGAAGGAGACGGCCAUUAUGAGACUGAAGAGCCUGACCCUGUAUCGCAAGAAAACUACAGCAGCGAUGGCCGUUCUGAACAAACUACUGGAGACGUCUCUCAAGACUCAACGCCUGAAGGCCAAGACGCCUGGGAGAGGAAUUACGUUUCUUUGGACGAUCUUCUUCAAGAUACACAGGAGGUCGAGAGUGGAUAUGAAAUGGAUCCAACCAGCAUUUUACGGCCGUCUAAAAAAGCUUGGUAUCCAGAAACCUAUAUCCAAGUACGUUGGGCCGAUAACACUUGGAGUUGGGAGUCCAGGGAUGGCUUGCGUUUCGUGUACGGAGAUGAUCCUUAUAAAGUCGAUAUCUUGAUAUAUCGAAAGGCAAUCUCUCUAGAGGCAGAUUUCCAGGAGGCCUUGACUGGCCAGCGACCUGAAUUUCCAGACGGUGGGCCGAUGUCAAACAAACACUGGAGGAAUGUGAAUGCCUUUGGAGGGGCAUAUUGGUUGCAACCACGUGCAAGGAAAAAUAAGCGGGUAGUACAAAUAGAGGAAGAGGAAGCUGAAGAAGUUGAGGACGUGGAGAGUGAAGAGGAUACAGCUUUCCGCCCACCACAUUCUUCACGGGAUAUUCCUGGGCCUCGCAUCGCUAGUGACGACCCACUUCAAGAUGAUCCCACUCACUGGGAGACAGCUGAACCUCUAGUGCGGAACAGAGGGACUUACAGGAACCCUAAUGAACCCGACCAACCCCCAAAUCUAUCUGCUCAAUUCCUGGGCGAUAGGAAUCUUCGAGAGCCGGAACCAAUCCGUGGCAGACACUCAAAUAUUGCCCACACCCAAGAGGAGGACUCGCUAGCAGACAGAUAUUUGAAUAAUCCGCCUCAGGAAGGACGAAGGUUUACGGAAACGGUGCGUCGGAGUGCCCCCCCUGCUAAUGCACGUCGAACACCUCAAAGAAAUCCUGCAAACCAAAUGCCAUACCGUGCAUCAUCAGCUAGGAACCGCAAUAGUCCGCUGGAGACAUCGCGUCGGAGUGCUCCUCCUGCUAAUAUACCUCACACAUCGCAAAGACACCCUGCAAACCAAACAUCAUACCAUGGACCACCAGCUAGGAACCGCAACAAUCCGCUGGAACGUCGGAGUGCUCCUCCUACCAAUAUCCCUCACACACCGCAAAGAGACCCUGCAAACCAAGCAUCAUACCAUGGACCACCAGCUAGGAACCGCAAUAAUCCGCUGGAGCGUCGGAGUGCCCCUCCUGUCAAUAUCCCUCACACACCGCAAAGAGAUCCUGCAAGCCAAACAUCAUACCUUGGACCAUCCGCUAGGAACCGCAAUAAUCCGCUGGAGCGUCGGAGUGCCCCUCCUGUCAAUGUCCCUCGCACGCCGCAAAGAAAUCCUGCAAUUCAAAUGCCAUACCGCCCAUCAUCCACUAGAAACCAGAAUGAUCCACCAGAGACAUCUCGUCAAAGUGCUCCUAAUAAUGCACGUCGAGAGCCACAAAGGUAUCCUGCAAAUCGAAGGCCAGACCCUGAAUCAUCAGCUAGGAACCGGGAUAUGUCUUCGGAAAGGCAAAGAUUUAAUAGUAUCCGUGGCUCCGCUCCUCCAAGGGAAUCUCCCGUUCCGGAAAGGCAAGGCCCAGGCACAGCGCGCCAUAGAGAGCCUCCCCUCAAUGGGAGUCGCACUACAGGAAGGAAUACGGAUAACAGGCGCCCCGCUACGUCCCAGCAUAUCACAGGUGUUAGAUACCGAGGGAAGACGCCGGAUAGUAGAAAGGUAGCAUCACAGGGAGAGUCUCAAAUCCCCCUUAGAAAAUACAAGAGGGUCUAA